ACACAAAAUACGACGUACCUUACAAAGUACUCUUGGGCAUCUAAAUACUUGAACAAGUAAAUAGUGGGGUCUGCCGACGAAAGCCUCAGAACUGGUUAUCAAGGUCCUUAUCAUUAAGCAUGACAUUCUUAUACGUUUAUUAAGGUGAUUUCCUACCUCAACCAGGUUUACUUAAGUAGUCAACAAGUUAGAACUGGCCUUUGGGUCUAUCCAGUCUUUAGAAGGGGAUCCCACUGAGCCAUAAUCCAUUUCAAUCGAUACUCAAGUACCGGUGCCGCAGAACGAACAUGACAUUUGCUUUAGAACUGGCUGUUGUGCCAAGGGCAUGAUCAACUAAUUGAGUUCAAGGCUGUUCGAACCGCGGCCGCGAUUGAGUCCACUAUAGCAGCAACGUCUACACCAUGGAUGGAAUGCGGCUCUUUACCUCUUUACGAUAUGAUCCAGAGCUUAUUGCCAUCCCGGUCAAAGGCUUCAUCGGCACUGGCUGGAAUCAAAAGCCGUCUGCUUACUACAUGCUGGACUUCCACCGAGAUCGCAUGCUUAGGGCGACCAAAUACUGGGGCUGGGCACCUGCCGUUGAGGCCAUUGCCGGUGACGAAGGGCUGAAGAGACUCGAGCAGUUCCUACAAACACGUAUCGACGAUCGAGUCAGCGGUGGUCCAGUUUACGUCAAGGUUAUUCUCGAUCGGGAAGGCAAGCUGGAUUGCGAAAUGCGUUCAAUCCCAAAGGUCGAUCCAAGGAAUCUAUUCCCUACAGUCUUGCCGGAGCCGGCAUGUGAAGAACCAACAGCAGACAAUGAAACGAAGCAAGUGCCUUCGAAAGUUCCCGAGUAUGAGAUCCUCGUCGAUUCUAAGGACACUACCGGAUCCGAAUACACCCAUUACAAAACAACCAACCGGGCCAUGUACGAAAGCGCAAGGUCUCGGGCUGGCCUCAGUCCGGCGGAUAAAAAAGAGGUUCUGAUCAUUAACGGCGCCGACGAAGCCGUGAUGGAAGGUAGCAUUACGACGCCUUACUUUUGGAGGGGUGGUAGGUGGGUGACUCCUCCAGUGUCCGAGACGUAUAGUCCAGGACAGGUUGGUGGUGGGAAUAGCGGCACGACUCGGCGAUAUGCUUUAGAAAGAAAUCUCGUGGUGGAAGAGGUCGUUCCGGUUCGGUCUCUGAAGGAUGGAGAGGAGUGUUGGAUAAGCAAUGGGGUCCGUGGCUUCAUUUUUGGAAGAAUCAAGUUCCCCUUGAACUCUAGAGGGUGAACGGACGUGCUCCAAUCACAGGCUCGGACGGUUGCAUCGCCCCAUUUCAAUACCACAUUCGCACUAUGAAUGACUUGGAGCCCCAGUGCUUAGAUCGCUAGUGUUAACAUCACACCUGCAUCACUUACAGGAUAUACCCUGUCGAUGUUUGGGACGCAAUGAGACGGUUCAGAAUUCGAC